AUGGCCGCCUUCAGGUCCGCCGCGGCCAAGGCCGUCCACCUCAAGGUCUUCCCGCGCCCGACCAGCCUCAGCGAGAGCCGCGAGCUCCUCAACGUCCUCCAGCAGUUCGGCGAAGUGACCAUGUUCAAGAGUCUUCGGUUAGACUACCUCCAGCCCGCCCCGAAUACCUGUCUCGCCAUUUACCGAGACGCCACCUCCGCUGCCAGUCUGCUCAAAGCGUCACCGCUGCGUUUCACGCUCGAACCUGUUGUUGGCAACGACGACGCUGGCGAGCCUCACGAUCAAACUCCUCAGUCGGCCCGGGAGGAUGCAACGGCAUCGACGCUAGACUCGGAUCUAGACCCAGAGGUGGCAGACGUCAUGGGAGACGCCCAGUUCAGCAUAAAGGAGGGCCGCGGCAAGCCCGGCGCUGAGGAGAUGCUCCGUCCGAGCACGCUGCUCUAUCAGACGAUCGAUGCCUUUUCCCACCCCGUAAAAACCGCCCAGUCGGCGACGGCGCAGGACACAGCCUCGAGCGAUGUCUCGGGCGUCGCCCAAUCCGACGCCGGCUCCGCAAGCCCGGACGCCGAAUUGGUAGAACGUCCCGAGCACGAUUAUGCCGGCCAACGGCAACAGCAGCCAGGCCCGACUUCCGCGCCCAAGCACGUCCCCGCACCACAGCCUCCACGCGUGUUCCACGUCGUGGCAGACAUCUCGGAAAUGAACCAUCGUGAUUACAUCGAGCGCUCCAUGUGGUACGGCCCUUACAAUCCGCGGAAGCGGACCUUGUCGUAUAUGGACCUCACCGCGAGAGGCGUGCCGUCGAAUAUCGCCGACGUAUGGUCAAAGAAGCCGGAGCAGCCGAUGCGGGUGGUUCAAGAACUGCGUGAGAAGGCCUCUAGCGCGCCCACGCUCAGGGAGAUCUGGAAGCAGGGACAGAAGCAACGUGCGUAG